AUGAGGAAGCGGGUAGCCAAGAGGACGACAUCUUCACGUACUGCGCAACUUGAAGAGAAGAUUGAAGACCUGGUCUCAAUGUUGAGAGCUACCCAUGAAUCUGGGACACGCAUGAACCACUCUUAUACCCCAUUAUCUAACACACCCUCACAGCCUUUUACCAGUCGAUUGGACUCGUUGGCGGCCGCCGCUACAGCGGAUCCAACUCGGUCACAAGCACAGGGAAAAGCCAGUUUAUGCGCGACUCAUGAGUGUAUCACAUCGGGUCUGUCACCUAGCCGGAAUACAUCGACCCUUAGUGAGGCGGAUAGGCGGCCAGAACCAACCCCAGAGGAAGCCGAGGCUUAUUUUGCCAAGUUUAGACAGUGGCUGGAGGCGAUGCCAUUCAUGCACAUACCCAUGGAGAUGACGGCUGCAGCCCUGCAAAGAGAAAAGCCAUUUCUGUGGACGUGUAUUAUGAACUUGACAUCCAUGUCGGUUCCACAACAGCGUAUACUGAGGGAAAAGAUUCGGCGAGAAGUUGCCGAUAGAUUAGUCUUUGAAGGGGAUCGAAGCAUGGAUAUGCUACAAGGCCUGGUUGCCUUUCUAACGUGGGCAACAAUGAAUGCGGGUCCCGGAAUGAAGCCAUUCUUAAUAUUAUAUGCGACUUUGGCACAGUCAAUUGUAUUUGACAUGGGACUUACCAGAUCCCCUGCUGAAGAGCAACAGUCUACCAUGUAUUUCAAGAUAUGGAGUGCCCGCCCCCCUCCACCGCCCAGAGUGCGAACCAUGGAGGAGCGGAGAGUCGUACUCGGUCUCUGGCUGGCAAUAUCAAUCUCCACGUCAUUCAUCGGGAAAAUGGAGACACUUGCUUGGACAGCUCAUAUGGACGAUUCCCUAGCAGUCGUGGAACGCGAGAAUGAGUAUUCAUCAGAUGCCGUUCUCGUCACCAUGGUCAAGAUCCAACUUGUUGGAGAAGAAGUCCAAAAGUUGAUGCGCAGAAAAAUAAACGAGAGCAACCAAAAUCCAACGUACAUUUUCAAACAGGGCUUGGUAUCAAAGUUAAACGAAAUUCGCAGCCAGCUACCAGAUCGCCUGGCCAACAAUCGCCAUAUUCUUCUGCUACUUCACUGCACAGAAAGCCUCGUCCACUCUAUUGGCUUGUUCACCGAGCAAGGCAUCCCCGAGUCAGUUCGCAUUAACAGCAUGUACUCCUGCACCAGACACGCAAAGACAUUCUACGACAUUUUUUUUGCCAUCCCAGCGUCCGAGGUUGCUGGACUACCGUUUGCGGCACUGACCACUGCCGAGGACAAGGCCUGGGAUAAGGACAUUUUGAAAAGCACAGCCGACUUACUGUCUCUCCUGGACAAAACAAUUGAGCUGUUUUACAGGGUGGAUGAGGUGUACCCAAUUAGAACGGAUGAUCAUGAUGGCACGCUCUUCACCAAGGGAGCCAAGAUUCUGCGAAACUUGCGAAACUCGUGGGAGCCAAUCUUGGCGCCGUACCUCCGCGAGGUGGCGUUGCCUACGCCGCAGAGCCAGGGUCAGGUGGUCAAUACGGCGAUCAACGAUAUGGAUGAAGCGGGUGCGCACGCGGGCUUGAUUGUUGACGGCGUGGCGGACCCAACCGCCGGGCUGGACUUGAGCGAUAUGAGCUGGAUGUCGGAUAUAUUUGGGCCAUGGGACUACUAA